AUGUCUUGGUACAUGACUUAUACACGCACACUUGGUCGUGGUUUCACGUUGGAUGAUCCUGAUGUGAUUGCUUUUUCAUCAACAACAACCGCCGCAAUAAUUUAUGUAGUAUACAGUAUUCAAGUUUACGUCCAUCCAGAAGAGUAUAAUAACAAUCUUCUAUAUACCUAUGGAGACAUUAUCUAUUUUCUUGGUGCUUGCUACUAUAUAUUUGCUGCUAUGCGUGAUCAAAAUUGGUUUUGGUUUCUUCCCUUUACUGGUCAAUAUGAUGUGGCAGCGGGUAGAGUUCAUAUUGCAACAACAGCUCUGCCACGAUUUGGACAGCCUGUUGUACUGAUAACAGAUUGUUGUCGACAACGGCCAAAAAAACAAAUUGUGAAAGCAAAGCAAGAAGAAGUAAAUUAUGACAGCGACAUCAUCAUUACGUACUUUUAA